AUGACGACCCGCUCAUCUCGACGAGUCCCGGUCGCAGCGCCCAACCCCGCGCCGCACCACGCCGAUGCCCACGCCCACAGCGGCCACGGCGGCCACGGCGGCACGCCUUCGACCGACGCUCACGCCCAGCACCAUUCUCAAGCUCAGCAGCAGCAGCAUCACCCUCAAGCGCAUCUGCACCAGCAACACCACCAUUCCGUAGGACCGCCCGCAUCGUAUCAGUACCCACCUCAGCUUCAUGGCAUGGACAACGGCAUGCCCAAGCGCGAGGAGAGUGAGCAAUUGGGUGCGUCUUGUGUCUCGCGCCUCUGCAUCGUUCGUCCGGGGCAAAGGCUGGCGCGCAUGCCGAUUGUUGCUGUGCGCGCCGAUCAGCGCCAACUUUCUCGAUGUCAGCUGCGGAGGCUUUUGCUGUCCAAUUGAUAUCCGAGGCGAGCAGCGCUCCACUUGUGAUAUCGCCGAACUUCAACGUUCGGUCCUUGGAAACAGAUGCUUCGAGUAUGGUCCUUCUGGAACUUGUGAGGGUCGCGACCUCGAGGUGAUAGAGAAUGGGCCCUAUCCCUGAGGUAGCCAGACAUGGCAUCCACCGCGCUCUCGGGCAGGAAGCGCCGGGAAAUGUCGAUUCACGCACCCUCUUAGAUCCUAGUGUGAAUUGGCGCACUAUCCUUUGGAUGUCACACCGCAUCAUCUAUGAUAGCACCGUAGCUAACCCAAAGCCCAACCCUCGCGACCCCAUCUUGAUCAGGACACUCACGUCACGUGCGUGCAUCUUCCGACCCUAUCUCGCGCGGCGGCGCUUUCGAUCCGGAUGGAGGACACCGCCUCGACCAGGAGCCGAACCCUUUUGAGCAGUCCUUCUCGGGUCCGGAGCCCUCGGGGCCCAUCAUCGCUCGCAGUGGCUACGGUAGCCAAACGCCAUCUUUCGCGGGGCACGUGUCGCGUCGAGCUCGCUCGAUCAGUCCCAACAGUCUCGCGAACCGUCAGACCCCUGGCGGCUUGAACAAGAUCGCGCACUUUUCUAUGAUCCCGACCCCGGGGACCGACCUCUCUCAGUUCGGCUGGCCACAGCAAUCAUUCACGCCGGGAAUGAUGGGCAGUGCGCCUUUUGACCCUUCAAUGAUGCGGACUGGUUUAACGCCCCUCGGAGGUGAGACCUCGUCUGGCGGCGUCUCAUUCCCUCCGCCCUCCCCGGCGACGGCGGCGUUGUUCGCGAUGAUGACGAACAACACCCCUGGUACGGCCGAGGCAGCAGCGGCGGCAGGGCUGGCGGGUGGAGGACCUAGGCCACACGAAGGGCCGAACGAGGCCAACAACUUCGAGGCCAGCUUUGCACGAGCGGCGUCGGGGAAGCACGAAGGUGGCUCUGUGCAAGCGCCCGACUUCUCGUCUCACCAUCGGCAAUCUCAGAUGGGUCCCAAUGGCCGAGUAGGGCACGGUGUGAUGCACCCUUCGCAUCUCCAGAAUCAGGUGCAUCCGCCUCAGGCCGCCUUCUACCCACAACAAACUCCGUACGGACAGCCUCAGUCGAAUUUUAAUAAUGGCUACUCGCAAAGUGCCCACCAUCCUGGACCGGGCCCUCUGCACCUUGGUUCCGCCGGCUUCCCCCCCAACAACCUUUACAACCUCGGGCAAACGGACUCUCACAACGACGAUGCGCUCGUGGCUGCGGCAGCGCUGUCAGGCCUCGCCACACCCGGUUUCCACGGCCACACGACUCCGUUGGAGCGAAUCGCCCAGGAGAAGGCGGCGGCUUUGAAGCAGGCGGGUGGUACGACCGUUGGCAUCGUGGCCCCGACCUCCGUUGGUGCACCUACAUCGACGACCUCGGUGUCGAAUCCCAUCCAGACGGAAUCUUCCGCGCCCUCGACGAACGGAGGUUCGCAACCUGGGAAUGGGGCAGCUGCCCCGGCGAAGGGCAAGCGCGGAGCGGCGGGUGGCGGAGCUGCAGCGAACAAGCGAAAAAAGGCCGAGGCUGAGGAGACCAAGCCCAAGGUCACGCCUGCGAAAAAGGGCAAGCGCGCUUCGGCAGCCAAGGCCGUCUCGUUGGACGGGAUGGACGACGACAUGGAUGACGACAUGGAUCAGCUUGACGAGGAGGGGCAGAGCAAUGCCAGCCCUGCACCAUCGAACCCCAACGAGACGGAAGAGGAGAAGCGGAAGAACUUCCUGGAGAGGAAUCGACAAGGUGAGCUUAUAUCAGUAUCUUCGUCCGAAGAUGAUUUCGGACUGACCUUUACUCGGCCCUUCACCCUUGCAGCGGCACUCAAGUGUCGCCAGCGCAAAAAGACGUGGCUCGCGAACCUGCAGUACAAGGUCGAGUCGCUUACGAUCGACAACGACACGCUCCAAGCAACUGUGACGAACCUCAAGGAGGAGAUACAAUCCCUUCGUGCCAUCCUGCAAGCCCAUGCGAACUGCCCUGUCGCUAGCGGUGCCGACCGUCGAGGAUCAGCGGUGCAAAACCUGGCACCGAACGGGCAGCAGCGGUAUUGA